CAUCCUCAGAUCGAAGGUGACACUCGUCCUGGCGACGAACUUUUAAUCAUAAGAGCAUCCUUUCCGUGUGCCGCUGAACGUUUUUUCAUUUUUUUUUUCAUCGACGACAAAGUGUCCUGAGCUAGCUCGCGCCGCUGGACAGAACGCGGGAUAUGAGCUACACCGAACCGCUGUGGGAGAUCAAUGGAAAUCAAGCACCAGUGAUUACAGCGGACAUGUCGCAAUACGUAAGCGGCGAACUCGGAAGUUAUCCUAUGUGGGACAGUUCCGUUUUGUACCAAGCACCACCGCCAUCGCAUUCCCAUGUGAACGAGCACGGAUUGUACAGGCAACCGUGUGCAUUGCUGCAUCAAAGUCGAUAUACAUCCAACGGCAGAUCUCCGAAUCUUCCAUCGUCCACCACGAAAAAGCCAAGGCGACGGGUGGCAACCGUUUCGCAGAGGCGGGCCGCAAAUAUUCGCGAGAGACGAAGAAUGUUUAACUUGAAUGAGGCGUUCGACAAACUCCGCAGAAAAGUACCGACGUUCGCAUACGAAAAACGAUUGUCCAGGAUCGAGACUCUCCGUUUGGCAAUAACAUACAUCGCGUUUAUGGGGGAACUGCUUGGAAUCGAACCGAGCAGUCCCAAGCCGGAAUACAUCCCACGAGAAUAUUAUUUACCGAAUUGAUCCGCGAAU